AGGUCAGACUCUGUCAGUUCUGUUUUUCCUCUGACGGAAGCAUAUUAAGUAACGAACAGUCCCUACAGACUGUUCCGCUAAAGGCAACAAUGCGGGACGCUGCAGCGGCAGGACGCCACCUGGGAGCGGAUGAAGAGCUCCACUCGGCGGGCGCAUCCUCGGGCCUCGCUGCCUCAGCUAUCCGGACUGGAUUCACGGCGGGACCACGAUGGCGAGCGGCUGCUGCGGAAGACAAACUGUUGCAAAGGCCGCACAGCAUGAUUUGUGCCAGCCUUAAUUUACGGUUGAACAUAAGAAAGCGGGGACCAAACGCACGUUCCUCUCCUUUCAUGUGUUCCCAUGACAACAAACAAGUGGUCAAGUUUUUGAAUAAACUUGUGCCAUUCAUAACAAAACGUUUGGCCCGUAUUAUCAGUCUUUAAAACUUGUUGAGGACACCUUGUAAAGUGUUUAUCAAACCCUUUAGAGUAUUCAUGCUCGGUUGUAGUGGACACCAACAACCAUGGUAAGUUUUUAUCCUGAAAUAAGUAAUGUCACUUUGCCUGUUUGCCAAAUUAGCAUCCUCUGUUCUGAUCUUGAUUUCUAAUCCUGCUAGAAACAAGGAUCCAGCUCCACGAAUUCAAGGAGCAGCUCUGACACCCGCCGGUAUCACAUGCGCGCUCCCACCUCUCAGGUUGAUGAAAGCCUGUUUGGGAGGUCAACACAGAUAUCACAGUUAGACAAACGUGGAAACUCAGCCUCCAAGGCCAAGAAUCAGUCCCAGAAGAACCAAGAAGGAGAGACUGUUCAAAUCAUCACCAAUAACCUCAUCCGUAAUCUCAGGAUCCCAUUUAAGGAUCCUUCAAGAGAGUCCAUCAUACUGCCAUCAGCUGAGUUCGAGCGGAUCACCUCAACGUCCCGGGUUCUCACCAAGAAACAGAAGGAGGCUCUGAGGGAGGCUCAUCAGAGAAAGAAAGAAGUGGACACUAGAGCUGCAGAGGAGAGGAAGUGUCAGAUCUAUGAGGCAGACCUGUCCCGUAAGGACAACCAGGCACUGACCGAGCUGGAGCGUGAGGCCCAGGACCGUGCCAAGAGCUUGGUAGAAAAGGCCAGUGUCUCAAAGAUGGAGCAAGAGCAGGAGAUCAAACAGCUCAACACGCUGAUUCUGGGUGCUCAGUGUCAAGCCACACGUGAUGCCCAGAUCCGAGAGAAGAAACAGAUCCAGGCAGAGUUGUUAGAGGAGGAGAAGCGUCUGGAUGGCAUGAUGGAAGUGGAGCGCCGCAAGGCCUUGGAGGCUGUGGAGCUGAAUAAUGAGCUGCGCAGACAGGAGAGGAUUGGCGAACUGCAGAAAAUUCAGAACCAAAUCCAGCAACAUCUGGAGGAGAGGCAAGUGGAAGACGUGAUGAAAGAGAAGGAGAAACAGCAGAUACAGAAGAACCUGGAGAAAAUGAACCUGGAAGACCUCAAGGCCCUGGAGAAGAAGAGGGAGGAGCGGAAGCGUCUGCAGGAAGAGAUCGUUCGUAUCAAUAAUGAGACCGUACGGGCCAAGGAGCGGAGGAGAGAGGAGGAGAGGCUGGCUGACAUGAGAGAUGUGGAAUAUAGACGAAACAAAAUGAAGCAGCAGGCUGAAUAUGAAGCAGAGCAGAGACGGAUCAAGAAGGAAAAGGAGUUGGAGAUUACCAAACUGAGGGCCCAGCAAAGAGAGGCAAAAAACUACAAGGCAGAGCAGGACGAGCUCCGUGCUCAGAGGAACCAAGAAAUCAUAGAGAGAGAAUGGAGGAGAAAAGAGAAAGAGCUCACUGAAAAGAAAGUGCAGCAGGCAGAGAUGCUGAGGACGGCUCGUCUGGAGCAGGUUCGCUGCAAAGAGCACCUCCUGGCGAUGGAGGCUGACCGGGAGAAGGCAGAGUUUGAGAGGGUGCUGAAGGCGCAGCAGGAAGCAUUCAUCAAACAGGAGGAGGCGGAGGAGAAGCAGCGUCAGAAAGCACACCGCUACUCAGAGACCAUCCGAAAUCAGGUGAAGGCACAUGAGCUCUCAGCCGCAGCACAGCACAGAGAAGUCUUUAAGGAGGCUGACAGGUUAAUGGAGGAAGCCCGGCAGAGACGUGUGCGCCUGGAUGAGGUCAAAAAGAAGAAGCUGAAGGAGCUCAGGGCUACAGGGCUGUCUGAAAUAUACUGCAGUGAAGUGGAAAGGAAGGCCUGCGCUUGUUCACUGUGAUUCACUCACUACUGUAUAUAAGAAUGUACCAAUAAAGGUUUCUG